UAUUUCUUAUGCGCGUGUGCACACCAUCGAUAUCGGUGCCCUCCUAGUAAAGACUACUCUUCCCGGCAUGCCUUGCUCCGGAAAAGGCUCAGCCGGUGCUGGUGAAAGGCUGCGAAGGGAGGGGCGGCUACCGAGGAGAGAGCGCAAGAUGGAGAGCUGGAAGUCCGCAGGGGUUGGUGGCAGGCGAUUUGCAUCUGCUCCUCCAAAACCUGCAAAACCAAGUGCGUAUAUCCUAUAUCAAGAGGAACUCAUAGCGAAGAAAAAAAGGGAGAUUGAGGCUAAAAUAAAACAUCAAGCUAAGCAGCCUCACCAGAGCAUCCCAGUUCAAGGCACAAACUCUACAUCCUCCUCCACAUCAAAUAAAUUUGCAAACGAUGGCAGCUUCUUGCAGCAGUUUCUAAAGUUACAGAAAGAAAAGUCAGGAACAGAAAACUCUGCAAUGAGUUCAAGUGGGAGCUCUCGGGCUGCUCAGAAGAAGCCUCUCCUCAUAGGGAAACGACAUGGUCCUUCUGUGGAGAGUAUGCUCAACCAAGUGAAGUCCUACUCCCGUACUAAGCAGACCCCUAAAUUAAACCGUGACAGCGUAUUUAAGUCCCCUGACGAUGAUGAUGAUGACGAAGAGGAUUAUGAACAGUGGUUGGAAAUAAAAAUUUCACCCCCAGAGGACUCCGAAACCCGCAAGGUGGUGGAACAGUUGGCUCGUUUUGUAGCUGAAGGGGGCAGAGAGCUGGAAAAAAUGGCACUUGAAGACUACAAGGAUAACCCAGCUUUUGGGUUUCUACAUGAUCAGAGCAGCCCAGAGUUCCUCUAUUACAGGAAGAAACUAGCGGAGUUUAAGCAGAAAUAUCAGGACCUAGAGAAGGUGGCUUCGAGUAAAGUCCCAGAGGAUGAAGAAACGAAAAUGUUUGCAGAGAAGUUGGCUAGAUUUGUAGCAGAUGGAGGCCCAGAGGUGGAAGCCAUUGCUUUGCAGAAUAACAGGGAGAAUCCUGCAUUUAGGUUUCUAUAUGAACCACACGGCAAAGGUUACCAGUAUUAUAAGAUAAAAGUGGAAGAGUUCAGACGUGCCAAAAUGUCCUCCGCUGACAAUCUGUUGGCAUCUGGACUUAAACGUAGGUUGGCGCCAGAGCCCAGUAGUCAUGUGUCCGAAUCGCCGAUGUCCUCCUUUGCCGCUAAUCCACCAAUACAACAAUACACAGAGCAAGCCACUUCAAAAAAGAAAAGAAAGAGUCGAUGGGGACCAGAGGAGGAAAAAGUGGACCUGCCUCCUGCUGCUGUGGACGAUGAACCCCCGGAUACAAGCCUUUUAACAGUCCAGGAUCUGAAAGGUCUGGGUUACGAGAAGAGAAAACCUGUGGGACUGGUGGGAGUUACAGAGUUAUCGGAUGCCCAGAAGAAGCAGCUGAAGGAGCAGCAAGAGAUGCAACAGAUGUAUGACAUGAUAAUGAAACACAAAAUGGCCAUGCAGGAUAUGCAAAUGAUGUGGGAGAAGGCUCUGAAACAGCAUCAGCAUGAAUAUGACAGCGAUGAAGAGGUCGACAAUGAUACGGGGACCUGGGAGCAUCAGUUGCGGCGGAUGGAAAUGGACAAGACCAGGGAAUGGGCAGAGCAGCUUACUGAAAUGGGACGGGGGAAACAUUUCAUUGGGGAUUUCUUACCUCCAGAUGAGCUGGACAAAUUUAUGGAAACAUUUAAAGCUCUAAAGGAGGGACGUGAGCCAGACUAUUCAGAAUAUAAAGAGUUCAAGCUCACUGUGGAGAAUAUAGGAUACCAAAUGCUAAUGAAGAUGGGAUGGAAGGAAGGUGAUGGACUGGGUUCUGAUGGUCAGGGAAUAAAGAACCCAGUGAACAAAGGAUCCACAGCCGUUGAUGGUGCAGGUUUUGGCAUAGACCGCCCAGCAGAGUUAUCCAAAACUGAUGAUGAAUAUGAAGCUUUCCGGAAAAGAAUGAUGCUGGCAUACCGCUUCCGCCCUAAUCCACUGAAUAACCCAAGACGCCCGUACUACUAAUCGGUUGGUGAAAUCUGUCUCAUUGUUAUCUCCGGAGAACACUGGACUACAUCUGACGUUUGUAAUGUGUUUAUCUAGUAUGCAGGCUGCAACCACCUAUUUAUCCCAUUCUACACAAGAGACCUUGAAGUCCUCCAGCAGUAAUUUAACCAUUAACUGAUGCACACUUGUACCCUAGGUUACCAUCUCACUGUUGACUCGCUCAGUGGAAAACAUAGAUCUAAUAAAUAUGUUUUUAACUCAA